AUUGGAUGUUGCGGGCGCAAUUUGAGAUUUAGAAGGACGAAAUUGCAUCUUCGCUAAAAGUUUGAGGGUCAAUACGACUUCCGAACGAGAAGUAAAAACCUAGUAGGCCGAAUAACUCCCCUGAGUCCGACUUCAAACCCACUCACUGAACUGACUGAGUUAAUCUCCGGCGAUCUCGCAAUCGCACUGACCUCCAUUGCAGGAAGUUGGUUGAAUCAAGAGGACACAAAAAAUGCCACUUUACGACUGUAUGCUUUUGCUGAAGCCCCAUGUAAAGAACGAGGCUCUGAUGGACCUUGUUGUAAAGGUCGGGAAGCAUGUUUAUCGAAGAAAUGGUGUGCUUGCAGAUUUAAAGUCAUUUGGAACUGUUCAACUGGGUUAUGGCAUUAAGAAACUAGAUGGAAGAUACUAUCAGGGUAAACUGGUGCAAAUGACAGUGAUGACACCACCCAGUUUAAACAAUGAGCUGCAUUACCUGAACAAAGAAGACCGCUUGCUCCGCUGGCUUUUGGUUAAGCAUCGAGACGUCAAAUUUGGAUCGGACUUUUUGAGUGAAGAUGAUUCCAAGGCUGAACUAAGUUCGUUCAGAAGCAACUUGUAUGAGGAUGAAGAAGAAGAAGAAGAAGAUGAUGAUGAUGACGACGACGACGGUGAAACCGAUGAAACUGAGAGAAACAAAGUGUAGAAGGCUGAUGAAUUUCACUAUGAGCUCACACUUUUUUUGCCUGUUCGUCAGCAAUCAUUGUACUAUCUCAAUGAACAUAAUUGUUUGCCAAGAAGCUAUGUGGAGUCUGUCUGAGAAUUUUCUAGUGCAUGGCUUUUGUUGCCUAGAAACUAGAUAUACAGUUUAAUUUUCUCAAAUAAUCCAGAUUGUUAACCAAUGAGUCUCUGUUCACUGUAUGAUUUCAAAACUCGGUAGCACAUGGAAAUUCGCAUGGAUGAAAAAGACGGUAAAGUUUGUUUAAUCAAUAAACCCAACUUGGGAGUGAGCUGA